UGACCUGAAACCGACCUCGAGAGGUCAUGACGUAUGUGAUGGACAUUAUCUAAAUACAGAGGUCCGAACAAAACCCGACCACACGGAAAGUGUCAGGCCAGCGUUAUUAACGGAACUACAUACAGGGCGCAGCUAGCGAGAGAUACACAGCCAUGCCUCUCCUUCCCGCCAUCGUAGUUGUCCUGUGUUCCGUCUGUACAACCAGCGCACAGACUGGUGAAUGCUGCGCCAAGAACUGCUGCACGUACAAGUGUUGCCAAGGACAAGGACUCGCCAACAAACUAGCAGCGGAUCCUGCUUCCACGGGUAACAUCGGAGUGGGAGGCAGUGACCCUACUCUCGGUACAGGCUCGACCACGGCAUUCUUCUAUGACACGGCAGUGGGUCAAAAUGCAAUCGGUGGAGGAUAUAGCAGCCACGGUGCAGGGGGAACCCCGACUGGGUUGUUUCCUUAUCCUGCGGAGGUUGUGAACUAUCUUGACCUCUCAGCUACAUCAAGCCUGGGAUCUGCCAGGGCCGAUGCUGUUGCUGCAGCAGCUGAAAAUGCAGAGCGUCAAGCCGAGGCCAUUAAUGAGGCGGCGACAGGGUUUAGAAACAAACUCGAAAGAGCAGGGAUGUCCUCUGAUUUGCAAAUAGCUGUGUUUGGAGGCGGUCUCGGUGGACACGGCGUGGGAGGUUCAAGUUCAGGUUCGGGAUCUGCAAUGAACACACUUGUGCAAUUUGGUGGAGGGUAUCAAGCUGGUGUUCCAGUUCAAGCACAGCCAGCUAGCCAAAAUGGUGUUGCAGCAGGUGCACAAGCUGAGACAUUGACCACCUCACAAGCACAAGCACAGGCUCAAGCACAGGCCCAAGCACAAGCUCAAGCUCAAGCUCAAGCACAAGCACAAGCCCAGGCCCAAGCUCAGGCACAGGCACAAGCACAGGCUCAGGCUCAAGCACAGGCCCAAGCACAAGCACAAGCACAAGCCCAGGCCCAGGCCCAAGUUCAGACACAGGCACAAGCACAGGCUCAGGCUCAAGCACAUGCCCAAGCACAAGCACAAGCUCAAGGACAAGCACAAGCCCAGGCCCAAGCUCAAGCACAGGCUCAAGCACAAGCUCAAGCACAGGUAGAAGCACAAGCUCAGGCUCAGGCUCAGGCACAGUCACAAGGUGGAAUUCAGGUCCUUCCAGGACCUCCUGGCUCAGCAAUGCAGGUAAACCAAGCUGGUAAUACAAACCUGGAAGCAGCUGCUCUUGCCAUGGCUGAAGCCGCUGCUGGUGUCGAAACUGCUCAGUCCGCUGCUGAACAACCUAAUGUCGAUGGAUUUUCCAAUUUCUUCAACAAGCCAACUUUCCUAGAUGCCCAAGUCGACCCGGAGAUAAAGGCCAAUGUUAAUAUAAACAGCGUGGAACCUGUGAAAGGUGCACAAGCAGAAACAAAUCUUUUAGGAUCCUUUGGUAUUGCAAACAAUUCACCACCGUGGGUUGGGUUUCCAAUGAUGGACGACGCUGGGGAGGGAGCUCAAAGUAUUGUUGAUGUCAAUGCAGCAGGAGGAGGUUCGGCAAUAGGUUCAGCACAAGCAGCGGUAGGUUCACAAGCAGCUGUUAAUGUCAUAUCACAGGAAGGAGCUCAAGUACUUGGCUCAGCACAAGCUACAGGGGCCUCCCAGGCCAUUAGCAACGUCGUUGCAGCAGAUGGGGGAUAUGCAGUGGGGUCAUCACAAGCAGAAGGGGGUUCCCAGGCAUCGGCAAACGUUGCAGCUGCAGAAGGAGCUCAAGCGAUUGGUUCAGCACAAGCACAAGGUGGAUCACAGUCGAUCAGUAAUACUGUCGCUGCUCAAGGGGGAAACGCAGUUGGUUUAGCACAAGCUUCAGCAGCUUCACAGGCCCUUGCGGAUGUUGUUGCAGCACAAGGGGCCCAAGCAUCCGGAUCUUCACAGGCCAUGGGAGGCUCACAAUCUCUUGCUAAUGUCUUAGCUGCUGGAGAAGCUCAAGCAGCUGCAAUGGCACAAGCUAUAGCAGCUUCACAAGCAGCUGCUGAUGUUGUUGCAGCACAAGGGGCCCAAGCAUCCGGAUCUUCACAGGCUAUGGGAGGCUCACAGUCUCUUGCAACUGUUUUGGGUGCAGAGGACGCUCAAGCAAUGGGUAUGGCACAAGCUAUAGCAGCUUCACAAGCAGCUGCUGAUGUUGUUGCAGCACAAGGGGCCCAAGCAUCCGGAUCUUCACAGGCCAUGGGAGGCUCACAGUCUCUUGCUAAUGUCUUAGCUGCUGAAGAAGCUCAAGCAGCUGCAAUGGCACAAGCUAUAGCAGCUUCACAGGCAGCUGCUGAUGUUGUUGCAGCACAAGGGGCCAACGCAUCCGGAUCUUCACAGGCUAUGGGAGGCUCACAGUCUCUUGCAACUGUUUUGGGUGCAGAGGACGCUCAAGCAAUGGGUAUGGCACAAGCUAUAGCAGCUUCACAAGCAGCUGCUGAUGAUGUUGCAGCACAAGGGGCCCAAGCAUCCGGAUCUUCACAGGCCAUGGGAGGCUCACAAUCUCUUGCUAAUGUCUUAGCUGCUGGAGAAGCUCAAGCAGCUGCAAUAGCACAAGCUAUAGCAGCUUCACAAGCAGCUGCUGAUGUUGCAGCACAAGGGGCCCAAGCAUCCGGAUCUUCACAGGCUAUGGGAGGCUCACAGUCUCUUGCAACUGUUUUGGGUGCAGAGGACGCUCAAGCAAUGGGUAUGGCACAAGCUAUAGCAGCUUCACAAGCAGCUGCUGAUGUUGUUGCAGCACAAGGGGCACAGGCAUCCGGAUCUUCACAGGCAGCAGGAGGCUCACAGUCUCUUGCUAAUGUCUUAGCUGCUGAAGAAGCUCAAGCAGCUGCAAUAGCACAAGCUAUAGCAGCUUCACAGGCAGUUGCUGAUGUUAUAGACGAAGCAGGACAGGGAAUGGGUUCAGCACAAGCAUUAGGUGGCUCACAGGCAGCAACAAACGUUCAAGCAACAGGGUCGGCUCAAUCCCAGGUUGGGAGUGAUUCACAGUUAAUGGCAAACCUUUUAGCAACUGAGGAAGCUGCCGCUUUGCAGGCACUUGCUGGUGUUCCAGGGCAAGAGUCUCAGGUAAUGGGAUCUUCACAAGGAGGAACUGACUCCAAUGUGUUAGGAGCUGCAGAAGCACAAGAAAUAGCUAUGGCACAGGCAAUAGCAGCUUCACAGUCGAAUGCUGAUAUUGCUGCUGUUUGGGGAUCUCAAGCUGCUGCUGGUGGACAGUCAGCUUCUGGUGCUCAGGCAGCAGUAGAGGCCAAUGCAGUAUCAAAUGUUCAGGCAGGAGCGGUUCCUCAAGCACCAGCAAAUGUUCAGGCAGAUCAAGGAUCACAGGCGGCUGCAGCUGUUCAAGCAGCAGCUGAAGCACAAGCGAUGGCUAAUGCUAUCGCGGCUGUAGAAGCAGAGGCGUUGGCUUUAGCUCAAUCACAAGCCAAUGCACAAGCAGCGGCAAAUGCACAAGUGGCAACGGCGGCUCAAGGAGGGGUUCAAGUUAAUUCUCAUACAUCUCAAGCAGAUGAGCAGCUGCUUGCACAAGCUAUGGCACAGGCACAAACACAGAUUCAAGUUCUCACACAGUCCCUCUCAGCUGCAGAUGCUCGAGCACAAGCCCAUGCCACAGCACAAGCCCAGGUAGCAGCGACAUUGCAGGCACUUCUUCAGGCGGAAGCAGGGGCUUUUUCGACAGCUGAAGCACAAGCUUGGGCCCAAGCGAAGACGGCUGCAGAUUCUCAACUGCAACUUUUGGGUCAAGCACAGGCAUAUGCAUUGGCAGAGGCUACUGCUUUAGCUGAGGCAGUGGCAUCAGCUCAAUCGAUACUACAAGUCAACACACUAGCAGGUGUACAGGUAUUAGCAAAGGCACAGGCCGAUGCUGAGGCUUACGCUGCCACUGCUGCUGAAACUGAAGCGAUAGUAAUAGCAGAUGUACAAGCUGUUGCAGCCAUUCAGGCCCAAGCUGAAGCAGAAGCUCGGGCACUUGCAGCUGGGAACGCACAAGGUGGUGCACAGACACAACCAGAGGCCCAAGCACAAGCACAAGCACAAGCUCAAGCUCAAGCUCAAGUUCAAGCUCAGGCACAAGCUCAGGCACAAGUGCUGGCUAUAGAUCAAGGACAAACUGGCGGAGAGGCCGGGGCUCAAACUCAAGCGCAAGCACAGAAUGAGACCCAGGCACAGAUCCAAGCUCAAGCUCAGGCACAAGAAUAUGCACAAGCACAAGCUUUAGCACUAGUACAAACACAAUCAGAGGACGACGAUCAAGCUAUGGCACAAGCACAAGCUCAGGCACUAGCACAGGCUCAGGCUCUGGCACAAGCAGAGGCUGCUGCCCAAGCGCAGGCACAAGCUCAAGCAGAUGCACAGGCGCAAGCACAAACACAAGCACAAGCAGAGGCACAGGCGCAAGCACAAACACAAGCACAAGCUCAAGCAGAUGCACAGGCGCAAGCACAAACACAAGCACAAGCGGAGGCACAGGCGCAAGCACAAGCACAAGCUCAAGCAGUGGCCGCAGCACAAGCACAAGCACAAGCUCAAGCACAAGCUCAGGCACAAGCUCAAGCAGAUGCUCAGGCGCAAGCACAAGCUCAAGCACAAGCACAAGCUCAAGCAGACGCACAGGCGCAAGCACAAACACUAGCACAAGCAGAGGCCCAGGCGCAAGCACAAGCACAAGCAGAAGCUGCUGCACAAGCACAAGCUCAAGCAGUGGCCGCAGCACAAACACAAGCUCAAGCUCAAGCACAAGCUCAGGCACAAGCUCAAGCAGAUGCCCAGGCGCAAGCACAAGCUCAAGCAGAAGCCCAGGCGCAAGCACAAGCACUAGCACAAGCAGAGGCCCAGGCGCAAGCACAGGCACAAACAGUUGCCGCGGCACAAGCUCAAGCAGAUGCCCAGGCUCAAGCAGAAGCACAAGGUCAAGCACAAGCAGAGGCUGCUGCCCAAGCUCAAGCUCAGGCACAAGCUCAAGCUCAAGCAGAUGCACAGGCGCAAGCACAAGCUCAAGCACAAGCCCAAGCAGAGGCACAGGCGCAAGCACAAGCACAAGCUCAAGCAGUGGCCGCAGCACAAGCACAAGCAGAAGCUCAAGCACAAGCUCAGGCACAAGCUCAAGCAGAUGCCCAGGCGCAAGCACAAGCUCAAGCACAAGCACAAGCUCAAGCAGAGGCCCAGGCGCAAGCACAAGCACAAGCAGAAGCUGCUGCACAAGCACAAGCUCAAGCAGUGGCCGCAGCUCAAGCACAAGCAGACGCCCAGGCUCAAGCACAAGCUCAAGCACAAGCUCAAGCAGAUGCACAGGCGCAAGCACAAGCACAAGCACAAGCAGAAGCUGCUGCACAAGCACAAGCUCAAGCAGUGGCCGCAGCACAAGCACAAGCUCAAGCUCAAGCACAAGCUCAGGCACAAGCUCAAGCAGAUGCCCAGGCGCAAGCACAAGCUCAAGCAGAUGCACAGGCGCAAGCACAAGCUCAAGCACAAGCCCAAGCAGAGGCACAGGCGCAAGCACAAGCACAAGCUCAAGCAGUGGCCGCAGCACAAGCACAAGCAGAAGCUCAAGCACAAGCUCAGGCACAAGCUCAAGCAGAUGCCCAGGCGCAAGCACAAGCUCAAGCACAAACACAAGCUCAAGCAGACGCACAGGCGCAAGCACAAACACUAGCACAAGCAGAGGCCCAGGCGCAAGCACAAGCACAAGCAGAAGCUGCUGCACAAGCACAAGCUCAAACAGUGGCCGCAGCUCAAGCACAAGCAGACGCCCAGGCUCAAGCACAAGCUCAAGCACAAGCUCAAGCAGAUGCACAGGCGCAAGCACAAGCAGAAGCUGCUGCACAAGCACAAGCUCAAGCAGUGGCCGCAGCACAAGCACAAGCUCAAGCUCAAGCACAAGCUCAGGCACAAGCUCAAGCAGAUGCCCAGGCGCAAGCACAAGCUCAAGCAGAUGCACAGGCGCAAGCACAAGCACAAGCAGAAGCUGCAGCACAAGCACGAGCUCAAGCAAUGGCCGCAGCACAAGCACAAGCUCAAGCUCAAGCACAAGCUCAGGCACAAGCUCAAGCAGAUGCCCAGGCGCAAGCACAAGCUCAAGCAGACGCCCAGGCGCAAGCACAAACACUAGCACAAGCAGAGGCCCAGGCCCAGGCCCAGGCGCAAGCACAAGCACAAGCACAAGCAGUGGCCGCGGCACAAGCUCAAGCAGAUGCCCAGGCACAAGCGCUAGCACAAGCAGAGGCCCAGGCACAAGCAGAAGCUCAAGCAGUGGCCGCGGCACAAGCUCAAGCAGAUGCCCAAGCGCAAGCACAAGCACAAGCAGAGGCCCAGGCGCAAGCACAAGCUCAAGCAGUGGCCGCAGCACAAGCACAAGCAGACGCCCAGGCUCAAGCACAAGCAUUAGCACAAGCAGAAGCUGCUGCCCAAGCACAAGCGCAAGCACAAGCACAGGCACAAGCUCAGGCACAAGCAGAAGCUCAAGCACAAGCAGAAGCACAUGCCGAAAGAGAUCGUAAAGCUUUAGGGAAACUCAAGGCACAGGCAGAAGCAAAUAUCAGGGCCUUCUCGCAAGCAUUAGCUGCUGCGGAUGCUGAGGCCCAGGAAUAUACCACAACUCUAACAUCGACAGUUGCACAGGCGAAUUCCCUGGCUCAGGCACAGGCAAAUGCUAAGUCGAAAGCUGAGGAAGAUGAGUUUUCUCUUGCUAAAACAGCUGCCGAUUCGUUAGUCCAUAUAUUAACACAAGCACAGGCACAUGCAACUGCUGAAGCUGCUGCCUUUGCUACUGCUAUGGAAGCUACUACAGGCAUAAUCCAAGCACAGAGCAUUGCGCAUGCACAGUCACUAGCACAGGCUCGGGUGACUGCAGAAGCUCAAGCCCGAGCUGAAGCUGAAGCUAAAUCGUUAACAACAGUGGAACUUCAAAAAGCUUUAGAAGCACUAGCUAAAGCUGAAGCAAAUGCACAAGCAGUGUCGAUGGCAAACGUAGAUGCAAAGGCAGCUGCACAAGUGCAGGCUAAAGCAGAGGCUAAAGCAAGAGCAGAAGCUCAGGCUAAAGCAGCUGCACAAGCACAGGCGAAAGCACAGGCAGCAGCACAAGCACAGGCAGCAGCACAAGCACAAGCAGCUGCACAAGCACAGGCUUCAGCUCAGGCAGAAGCUAAAGCUAAAGCACAGGCAGAAGCAAGGGCAUCUGUGGAAGCCUCAGCUCAGUCAAGCAGGAAUACAACAGGUGCCUCCAUGAAACCAAAGAGACAUGAUGUCCCUGACUACUUGACCCUUGAUGAACUACGCAUGUCGUUCACGACAGGUAGUUUUGACCGGAAUACGUGGUACGGCAUCAACCCUCGGUUUUGUAACCAGUUCCUGGAGUUCCACAUGAGCGAGAAGGGAGAGUUCUAUGUCGCCAACAGAAUGUGUCCGUACGGCUUGUUCUGGCUUCAGGAAUACAUGAGGUGCAUGGCUCCAUCUUCCGUCCCAUGCAGCAUUGAUCCUUGUCGUAUGAACGGAAAGACGGGGGUGGUGUAUGCUCGCCAGGACACGUGUGGGGGUUUCUACGAGUGUACCCGGGAUACCAGCAGCCCCUACAUCUACGCUAAGCCGAUGUGUUGUCCCCACAAGCACAGGUUCAACAGCAAGCGCGGCUACUGUGUCCCCGAUGACAAGUGUAGAGAAGCCUGUGGGGUCCCUGACGAUCUGGCAUCCGCCAACGGUUGCUGGAAGGUGGCCGUGCCAUUUGACCGCAUGGCAUACUACCAGGUGACCGAGAGCCAGAACACCUACGCCCUCCAGGUGAUGCCCUGCCCCCCGGGGACCAUCUACAGCCCCAAGAAGUGCCACUGUGUCACGUCGGCCAUACUGGCGGGACCCGAUCUUGUCAACCCUUGCCUUCCUUCUAUGCGGUUUAAUUUCGACAUGGGGAAGGUAGAGGACGUCAUGCACUCGGGCGCAGCGUUCGCUCAGCGGGAGGUGAAGAUCAUCCGAAAGAAGAAUCGCAUGUGUGCCCGGUUUGGGAAGGGCAGCUUCAUCAAGUUCUGGUCCUUUAGCAACAGGUCCCUGGGGAAGAAGUUUGGCUUGGCACUGAACUUCCGCAUCAACUAUGUUCCCAACAAGCCCCAGUCUAUCAUCAGCAACUGUAACCGGCCCUCAGUACAGCUGUACAUCGUGGGCAAGACGCUGUAUGCACGUGCAAACAAUGUGGAAAUAAAACUACCAUACAAGAUAGGAAAAUGGAACAGUGUAAAGUAUAUUUUCGAUGCCACCCGCGGGAUGUUUGAACUUAUCUGCAAUGAUGAGGUCCAGAUUGAAGGUGUACCCUCAGGAGAGGGCCUAGCGGCAACAUCAUCCUGCCUAACUAUUGGACUCUGUCUUGACGGCUCCAGGCAUAUGGAAGGAUUCGAUGGCGAUCUUGAUGACGUUGAGAUAUUCGAGUGCGCGCCCUCAGACUCGACAACACCAGACUCCCAGAACCAGAUUGUGAGCAUCUUUCACUAAUUUAUUAUCAUCAAAUCAUCAGUUGACAAUGGGUCACGACAGACAAGCGUAGUACCACCACAUCCAGUAGACCCUAGCCUCGACAUUUUGUGAUUUCAUUGUAUGGACAGUCAAGUCGGCAACAUGAGAAUAUCAAAGACUAUCUCAGACUGAUGUUGUUGGGACGUCAGAGACCUUGUGUUGUUGUGGACAUUCUGGUUUGUGAUGGUAGAAAUAAAUGAAAGUUGAUUUCCUCUAACCAGUUGUUGAUCAAGCUGGCCAGCUGCCAGUUGCAGACGACUUCCGGUCGCCAUGUUUGUUAUACUUUUCUCUAUUAAAUUUUUAUGAAAACA